GAUGUGGGCCUAGAGCUCCCCAGGUCCGAGAUGAAGCCGGCGGUGGACGAGAUGUUCCCUGAGGGCGCGGGGCCGUACGUGGACCUGGACGAGGCAGGAGGCAGCACAGGGCUGCUGAUGGACCUGGCGGCCAAUGAGAAGGCGGUGCACGCGGACUUCUUCAAUGAUUUUGAAGAUCUCUUUGAUGAUGAUGACAUCCAGUGAGCUGUCCAGCAGUCGUGUUCUCCUGCCCUGCUCAGGGCCUGGCUGACCAGGAGAGGGAGGCCUGGCCUAGCUGUCUGUCUGCAGCUUGUCCUGUCUCAAUAAAACAACAUUUGCAUGCAGGGUGA